ACCUCAGAAGAAGGUGACAGUGUGCCGGGGUGUGAGGGAAACAUGGCGCUGCCCGGCGGGUCGAUCCGAGGACUCCUCAGUUCUGUGCUGCGGGGCUGUCUGAAUGCCGAGCAGAGCGUGCUGAGAGCUCUAGGGCUGCAGCCCAUGUCACCGGCCCUAGCUGUACAAACACCAUCAUCGCUCCCUGCCGCUGCAAUAGAUACAGAUAAUGAUGAAAGUGGGCCAAGCUUUCUUGACAGCAUAUUUUGGAUGGCAGCACCAAAAAGCAGAAGAACAAUAGAGGUCAACCGGUGCCGACGAAGAAAUCCCAAUAAACUCAUAAAAGAGAAGGACAAUAUUGACAUGUGCCCAGAAUGUGGGCAUCUAAAACUAAAACAUGUGCUGUGUGGCUUCUGCUAUGCAAAAGUCAGCCAUGAGACCCUUAAAAUCAGAGAGGAGAUCAAGGCUAAGGAAGGCGGUCCAUUCAACGUAUCCACAUUAGAAACAGUUGUGCUCUACCAAGGGGAUAUGCCACGUGCAGAAGAUUCAGAGAAAAGGAUCAUUGAAAGAAAUCGCAAACGGCCCUCAUGGUUUGCCUACUAAUAAUAUCUUCGCAGCUGUAGCUAUACAUCCAGUGUAGCUUGAGAAUAAACUUAAGCUUUAAAGGGACUGUGGGAUUUUUUCAGUAUUGUGUUUUUUUUUGUUUAAAAAUUUCAAACAUCCAUGGACAUUUUUAAAGUUUGUUUAAAACACAUAGGAUCCAUUUAAAGUUCUAACAAAAGCUUGUUCUUGUAGCAGAGUUUCCGAAACCCGGUCCAUGUUCUUAUGUGCAUUGUGUACAGAUUGUGAAAGCAAUAAGAAUGAAGUCCAAAAUUAUUUAACAUCAAAACAUGAGUAUGAAUAAUAAAGAAAAUUAAUCCAUUCGUAUCUUGGAUAAGUAAA